AUGUCUGUUAUUUUUGAUUAGUUGGAUGUAUACAUUUAAUGAUAACUCUAGAAUAUUUAAUCGCCAAGAUUUAAAUUUAGUUAGGCCAUAAAAUUAGGAGCUUCGCUUUAUUUUAUUGAUAAUCACAACUUAAAAAGACUUGUAGUUAGUGAUAAUCAGAUAACAUAAUUUACUGAAUAGGAGGCAAUUAAUGUGCUUUCUGGAGUUCAGUAAAUUUGUUCUGAUGGAAAAGUAAUAUUUAGUUUAAUGAGUACAAAUUAAAAUAUUUUUCAAGGUAAUGGAGAUAUCUAUUCAAUUGAUUCUUAACCUAAGUAAUUAGUUUCUGGUAAAAAUUAUAUGAAUAUUACUCCAUUGACUGCAAUUGAUCAUUCUGGAAGAGGAUAUUGGUGGAAAACAAAUAAGACAAUUUAUAGUCAUUGUAAACAUUUAAGCAUUUAUAAGGAAAAACUAACUUUAAUUACAAGUAGAAAAUUAAUAUAAAUUUUAUUAGUUGGUGGAAAAAUUUUUAAUAUUGAAAAUGAUGUUUAGACUCCUAUUUAGUAAUUAAAUGGAUUAGGAACUAAUGCUUUUUUCAAGAAAUCUUUAUUAUUUUAAUUUGGAGGUAUAGCCAUAACAGAAAAUGGAGAUGCUUAUUGUUAUACAAAUAAAAUGAUUAAGCUUAAAAUUAAUAAUUUAGAAGAUAUAAGUGCAAAUAAUAAGUUUAUAUUUGCAAUAUAAGGAAAAUCCCUUUUAUAAUGGAAUUUAGAAGAUUUUUAAUCUCAUCAAUUUUAUGUAAAUUAAACUUUAUUUAAAAAAAUGAAUUAUGGUAAUGAAAUAACAAUUAAUUUUAAAAAGAAAGAAUUUUAAGAAAUUAAAUUUAUAUUUUCAGAUUCUUAUUCUCAAUUUUGUUGUGCUUAAUUAAAGAUAAUUUAAAAGAUUAAUUAGAAUGAUUAGUCUAUGUCAGUUUUAGAAAGAACAUUUUGUAGAAGUAGUGUUUCGACUUUAAAAUAAUAAUUAUUUGAUUAAUGGGACCCACCGUCUAAAAAAAGAAAUCAAGAGAUGAGAUAAAGUAGAUAAACAAAAGGUGAAAAAACAGAAAGAUCUGAUACUAGUAAUAGAUUAACUGAUAGAUAUGAAAGAAAAGAUGAUUUAUCCUAAGAAUCAAGAUUUCGUCAAUCAACUAAUAAUAAUAUACUUGAUGCAUUAUUUGAUAGAUCUAACAAAUAAGAAACAAAAGAAAUAGAAUAUAAUUCAGAAAAGAAACAAGAAACUAAUUAAUUUUCUAUUGAUUUGUCUUUUAAUAAUAAAAGAAAUUCCAAAAUUAAAUCUGAGAAUAUAAUUCCACUUGAAAUAACAAAACUUUCUUAAAUCGACAAGUAAUUAUAACUUUAAGGAGAUGAAUAAAUAUGUAUAAGUAAAGAUGAGACAUGUACAAAUAUAGAAAUAGAAGAAGUUUAGAUAAAACCUUCAAAAUUAUUAGAACAAUAUAAAAAAUAAUUUGAUUUGUAAGCCAAACCAAAUAAUGAAGAAUAUAAUUAACCAUCAUUGGAGAAUUGUUAAGAUGUUAAAAUUUAGGAUAGUUAAGAAUAAUUAAAUUAAAUUUAAAAUAUUGAAUCUUAAAACAUAAUAAAUUAAAAAUUAUAAUCCAUAAGAGAAACUUAUGAUUAACCAAGGUUUAAAACAUAGAAUAAUAGUUUAUAUACAUUAGAUGAAGAAAGCUCUUUUGAAUAAAGUGUUUGUUAGGAUGAUGAUGAAAAAGGAAGAUUUUAUUUAAAAAGAUAGCCAUUUUUGAUUAAUGAUAUUUUUGACACUAAAACAGAUAUUAAACCAAAUUAAAAGAAAAUUGAAUAAUUGAAAAUUAAAUUUUCUUAAAACGAGAAUAAUGUUCCUCUUUAAUCUGAAGAAACUUCUAGUUAAUAAUUAAAUUUUAUAAUCCCUGAUAUGGAUUUGCCACCUGUUUAAUCUAAAUUAAAUAAUUUAAUUAAUAAACUUUAUUUAAAACCAGAAAAAUCUUUAGAUGAAGUUUUAGAAUCUCAAACAUAAAAAGAUGAAUAAGAAUCAACAAAUUCACAGAUAACUUUUGAAACUUAAUAAAAAAUUUGUGAAACAUAAUAAAAAUAAAUUAAAUCAUUUUUAAAGAUAGAUUUAACUUAAAAUUCUAAAUAAAAAAAAACAGUUGAAAUCAUGGAAUAACAAUCAGUGAUUGAUUAUUAAAACAACAGUGAUUAUAUUGAUUAAUAACAAGAUAGUUUUAUGUAAAUAUUAAAGAGUGAAAAAAAGUAGGAUAACAAUAAAAUCUAGAAUAUAAUGUAGAUUUUUGAUUAAACAUCUGUUCAACCAAAGAAGAGAACUCCUCAAAGAUAAAAUUUAUUUAAAAAACAUGAAUAAGAAAAUUUAUAAAAAGUUGAGAUUCUGAAUUAAUAAUAAAAUGAAAAAGUAGAUAUAAUAAACAUUUUGACAGAAAAAUAAAAUGAAAAUAUAAUGGAGAAGAAAUUAGAUUCGCCAUAAAAGAAUAAUUUAAAAGAACAAAAGAUUGUUAAUACUAUUUUAGAAAAUAAUAAUAUAUAAGAAUAAUUAAAUGAGGAUAGAAUCAUUUAAUUUAAGAAAAUUGAAGAAUUAGAAACUAAUAUAUAGAAAUCAGUUGAAAAGAAUAAUGAAUAAUUAAUAUAAUCACUCCCUAUUGAAAUGAUUGACUCAUUAGUCUUAAAAAAAGUGAAUUAAUUAAGUGAUAUAAAACAACCUAAAUUUGAUGAAAAAUCAUCUUUAACUUUGUCAGAAUAAAAACAAUCUUUAUCUCGCAUUAAAGUUUAGCCUAUAAAUUGUAGUGCUUUAAGACCAGAAAAGAAUUUUACUCCUUUAAGAAGUAGAAGAGAUAGCCAUACAAGAGGUUCAAGUAUUGAUACUAAUAGAUUUAAACAAUUAUAAAUUGAAACUUAAAUUACUGUUCCAGAAAUAUCUCAUAAAAUAGGAUCAAUCAAUAAUGAAGUUCUUGAUAAUAGUAGUGCUGUUUAUCAUAUUGAUUAAUCUAUUCUUGAUGAUCCAACUAAACGUACUCCAGUUGCUUAAGUUUUGGAUAUUAUUUAUUUAAACUAAUUCUCUAAUUAAAAGAGUAAAGAACCAACAUUAAUUAAAGUUUAAGCAACAUCAUAAAUUCCUUAAUCAUUAAGAUCUACUAGUAUUGAACCAAAUAAAAAAAAAACAGAGACAUCCCCAAUUAAAUAAUUAAAUAUUUAAGUUAGACCAUAGAACAAUGAUAAGGCAUCAAAUAUAAAAAGAAGACAAUAAGAUAUCAUAUUAAGAAAAUUGUUUUUCAGAAUAGAUAUACAUGUUAAAUUAGCUAAAUUAGAGUUUAUGUUUAACUUAAAAUAAAAAGGUGGAAAAAUUAUUUGA